GAUGCAUUAUGGGCGAAGUUGCUAUUUUCAAGAUGGCCGUCGCACUUACAUCACUUCGCACGUUGCGAACCAUUUCACGUCUUCCAAAUGCUCGCAUACCGUCCACGUGUAGCUUUUUAGCUAUAGAUCUUACAUGUACAACAAGAAAAAGUUUGAUUUUUGUCUCCUUGAGGAAUUUCACGAGUACCAGUGAUAGCGAGUCCACUUCACGUGAUGCAGGCGCUAAGAAGGCAGGAGAAAGUCCGAAGCAGUUCACGUUGGGCUUUGAGGAAUUCCAGAAACUAAAGCGCAAAGUGCGAGCUCGUCAGCGUGUGGCUGGUCUUCCUGUGGCAGCGGUAGCUCUGAUGACGUCGUCAGCUGUCAGUGCAUAUCUCAACCCCAACAUGUUUGACGCCCCCCCAGAUCAAAUCCAGCCCAUACUGGGUAUGGACCCAUUGAUCUUUUGUGGGCUGUGCGGAGUUGCAAGUGCUGGUGUUGGAUAUAUUGCUGGUUCUGCUAUAUUUGGGUCUAUUUGGAGGUUCUUCAAUAGAGACACAUCUAAGAUGCUUCAGGAGAGAGAAUCUGACUUCUUGGAGAGAAUCACAGCAAAGCGGGCAUCUUCAUUCAGUAAGUUUGAGGACGACUACUAUGGAGAGAACAUUAAGACUUUAAGUGAUUACCGACAGUGGUUAAGGGAACAGCAGAAGAAACAGAAAGCAGCAGAUAGUCUUAAGAAGAAAUCAGAAGAAAGCUCUGAACAAUCCCAGGAACAAAGUACACAAACGCAAUAAAGGAAAGAAAUCUUUAGCUGCAAAAAUGCUAUAACGGAAAGAAAAUUGUUUGGAGGAGAGACAUUUUGCAUAAGAUAUGAAGUUAACCAAUUCUUUGGACUUAUUAAGGGCUAGGUAAUGUUGUGUAAAAUUGUAACAUGCAGCUGAUAGAAAAAUAGUAUUGUCAGCCAAAGUCAGUUGUUAGAAUUGAGAAAGUUUAAAACCUAAAGUAGGCCACACAUAUUUCAAGCUUUGUUUAUAAGCUACUUUAUAUCUGGUGUCACCCCGACUGGAAUAGAAGAGAAGCAGCUGAACCCCCCCCCCCCCCCCACCCUACCCCCAAUGCUGCAGUUUACUAAGGGGAUCUUUUUUUGUUAUAAUAUCUAUAUAAAAUAUCUGACCCCCCCCCCCCCCACCCACAAGAAAACACUGCAGUUUACUAAGGGAGGCUUUUUUCUUAUAAUAUCUAUAUAAAAUACCUGACCCCCCCCCCCCCUAUACACAAUAUGGCAAGGGACAAAACAUUGCAUUCAGCAAGCAAUCGUUGAAUCAUGGUGAUUUCUUAUAUACUUUAUUGUUUGUGGGACCAGAUAUUAAAGCCGCAUUGUCACCAGUUUACUUCCGGUCGAUUACUUUACAAUCUCCGAUGAUUUUAACGGAAAACGCGAAAAAUAUUGAAAGCAGUGUGUAUAUUGCAGGCUUCUUCGAGGAUGUGAUUGAUAAUUGAGAGCGGAUGGCAUGUUAAAUAUCUCGGAUUUUAAUAGAUUCUUUUGUCUUUUAACAGUUGAGGUUUCCGUCGGACCUCCGGAAAUGAACUGGUGACAAUGCAGCUUUAAUAUUAUUUUACCAAGAUAAUCAUUUUAUAAAGUAUCACUAUAUCGAGGCUACUCGGUAGAUAGUUUUUUACUGUUUAUACAAAAUCUCUCGGAGAGAUUUUGUGUCUAUAUAAAAUUUCUAGCUUUCUUUUCAGAUAAGGAUUUUUUUUCUAUUAAACCCCUAGCUUUCUUUUCUGAUAAGGAUUUUCUGUCUAUUAAACCCCUAGCUUUCUUUUCAGAUAAGGGAUGUUUUUCAAUAAAAUCUUUAGCUGUGUUUUUCGAUAAGGGUUUUUUGCCUAUUGGUUAUCUUAUAAGGGUUUUGUAAGGGCUUUGUACCUUUUCAAGUGAUAAGGGUUGGAUGUCGUUAGCAGGGGCUGGUGUCAGAUGCUUGUCUGCCCUGCCCUAGACAAUCAAAACUUUAGUACACCACUCUCUCAAAGAGGUACACACACACAAAAAAGGAAAUGAUUGCAAUAUCAAGACAAUACAUGAAUCAUGUCCUUGAUAUCUUUUUUUACUCAUAAUUGGAUGUAAUUAUUUUGCUCAAAUUCUUGGGCGUGUUAGAUUGCAAUAUGUGCCUCAUUGAAUUCCCAGAAGAAAGCUUUUUGUGUUCUGUCAAAUUUAUAAUAUACAUAAAGCCCAGGUCUGGACUCUCUUUGCGCUUGACAUUCUGGCUUGUCCAGAUCAGGGCUUUAUGUAUAUUAUUUGAUACUCCAGGGUCCUGGUAACUAGUAAAUCAAUUCCACUUGGA